UUUGUGAUGGCCACGAAUUGUCCCGUUGCAGCGCUCAAGAUGAGUGUAAGUGGGAUGUGGACCUUGGCUGCUACAUCAGAUGAAUUUCACCUAUUCCCGCGUGCAAUGUCCCAGAUGUUAUGAUGCUGACUGACCCAGUACCAAAGUUCAUGUAUCAGUUUUACGUUUCGGUACCAUAGCUGCAAUACCCUAUUACCCAUACACUUUAGUUAAAG